AUGGCAGCAGAACCCUCCACUUCCACCUCCACCCCGACCUCUACUCCUCCGGUACCCGGCUCCGGCACACACGAGCCCCGUUCUUCGAAUUCGGACGCCGAGAAUGUCAAUGGCGACGAGGGCUCCACGUCCUCCCAGAAUGGGGUCAAGGCCAUCCCCGUAAGGACCAAGGAGUCUUUUCAAAAGCUCAUGCUCGAGCGGUAUAUGGCGCGCGACUCUGCCGCUGCCGCUGGCCUUUACGAGGAAACGCAGAAGAAGAAGGCGGAAACCGCGUACAAGUUGGAGCGGACGAGAGACUUUGCGCGCGUCAGGAACGAGUACCGCCAAUGGUUCCCUCCUGGAAAACUGUACGGCGAAGGCUACCAGGGCUUCGGCAAUGGCUUCACCGAAAACAACAACCACUCAAUCAUCCUCUACCCCGUGCAGAAACCUCGCGCCGGAAAGAGGACGGUGCAGCCGCUAAAGUGGAAGAGGAAGGAUAUGGCCCAGCAGGCGGAGCAACACGAGGAACUCGUCCCCAUCAGGCUCGACGUCGACCACGACAAGAUCAAACUGCGAGAUACAUUUACGUGGAACCUCCACGAUCGCAUGGUCCCCGUCGAGUUGUUCGCCGCCCAGCUCGUGGAGGAUAUGGAUAUCAAACCCCCGCGUCCCAGGCCAACUCCCUAUUCCGCCUACAAGAACGACGAGAUGCGCAUACUAAUCAAGCUUAAUAUCACGAUUGGCCAGCACACGCUCGUCGACCAGUUUGAAUGGGAACUCAACAACCCUCUCAACUCGCCCGAAGAGUUUGCCGUGUGUAUGACUCGCGAUCUUUCCCUCUCAGGCGAAUUCACCACCGCCAUCGCCCACUCCAUCCGCGAGCAGCUUCAACUUUUCACCCGCAGUCUCUACAGCGUCAACCACCCCUUCGACGGUCGCCCCGUCGAGGAUGCCGACCUCGUCAACGCUUUCCUACCCACACCGCUCCCCGCCGUCUUCCGCCCUCAACAGCAAGCCAAGGACUACGCACCGUCGCUCUGGGAGAUGAGCGAAGCCGAUCUCGAGCGCAACGAGACGAUAUUCUCGCGAGAACAAAGGCGGCAGAAGCGAUCCGUCAACCGCCGCGGCGGCCCUCAGCUGCCCGACCUCAAGGAGAGGCAGCGCACCAUCAGGACCCUCAUCGUAUCCUCGAGCCUUCCCGGCGCCGCCCUCGAUGUCGAAGACAGCAGGCUAUACAAGAGGGUGGCCGGCGCCGCCACCGGUCGCAAGCGAGGCGCGGCCAGAGACGGAGAGAUUUCCGAUUCCGAGGAGAGCGAAGACUCAUCGCCCGAUUCGCCUGCGCCGUCCGCACUCGCACAAGGCACCGCGAGGACGAGGGGCAUGCGCGGAGCGGCAUCAGCCGCGCAACAACGCAUGGCCAACCUGGGCAGGUCCGUGACGCCGGAGGCUAGCAUCACGCACCACCACGAAGUGCGGCCCGCGCGACGGUUCGGCAGAGACACGGCGGACGACUCAGACGACCGGCUCGUGGUCACGCUCAAGGUCAGCAAGGAGAAGUUGAGGAAGGUGCUGAGCGAACCCCGAGGCGUUCGCACCCCAAGCGUGUCUCAGAGCCCCGCGCCUUCCACGAGGCCCGCUAGCGGCAAGGCGCCCCAAAUAGGCAGGGUCGCUGCCCCUGCGCCGGUUCCAGGUCGCGGUCCCCCUACACCGCCCCCGCCUCCCGAGUGGCUUAUGCAAGCCCUCAACAACCUCCAACAGACUUACACAUACGAUUCCUUCGAAGCCCUCAUGAAAUACUCUCCCGUCGACCCCCAAACCGAGCUUCCCGUACAGCAACAGCCCGGCCAACCCUUGCCAGCGGAUACGAAGUAUAUGUUCCUUCCCCGUGUGCGUUGCAAGGAUUGUCCCGGAAAACUGUAUACCCCCGGUGCCGAUAUGACGGCCAGCAACUUCGAAAUACAUCUAAAGCACAACAAGCACCGGGAAAAGGUCAACAAGCGCGAAGGCAAGGAGACGAAACCGUAA